CUUUGACUUAGACUCCUGCCAAUGCGCCCCCGACCAGUCUCUUACGACUGCCCUGAUUCAGAUUCUUCCGUUAUAUAUUACCCCUACGCUUCCAUCACCAUAUACACACACUGCUAUACAUACUCACUCCAAAUCACACACUUGGCCAAAUAUUAUAUGCUGAGACCAGAAAGAGAGAUGGAAAGUAGUGGGAAGCGUGAAGGUGUGAAGAUAGUUCAGAUUGAAACCAGGUACGUCCAAACCGAUGCUAUGAACUUCAGAGACGUGGUUCAGAGUCUCACGGGGAAGAACUCAUCCACAGCCUGGGUAGGGGACGGCUCGAAGAAAUUGCCACUCGCUGCUUCGCUGAAAUCAGACGACGAUUUUCAGUUUCACGAUCACGGGUCACGCGACGAUGAUCGGAGUAGUAAAGGAGAUGAUUCUCUGUCUUCCAAGACACUCAGCAAGAAUACGACGACGUCUUUUAAAGAUUUUGAUAGGUUGCUGUACGAGUUUCCUCUCACGGAGGAUCUUCCGUGGCUUGUAAGCCGAUGAAAUAGACAUCGCGGCUCCUUUUGAAUACUGUCUUGUGUUCAAACGAAGCAAAGGCUACUGCACGAGACGAUGUAUUAAUGUUGCAGUUGUUUUUCCCAGAAAGGAAUUAAUGAAAAAGAUUUUCCUCUC